AUGCCUCCUUCAGGACUAGCCAUUCUCAUUGGAGCAGGCCCGACUACUGGUGCAGGUAUUGCGAGAAUACUUGCUUCGCCAAGCCAUGGUAACCUUGCUGUCGCCCUUCUGUCGCGUACGGGUGAUGCCCAGUUAGCCGACAAACUUGCCAAAACUUCCGGAGGUGGUAUCCUGAAAGCUUUCCAAACGGACACCUCGGAGAAACAGUUAAGUAAGGCUUUUGAGGACAUAAAAUCAUGGUCCAAGUCGAUCGGAGACGACCUCAAGCUCAAACUUUCCAUUUACAAUAUCAAGCAUUCCCACAAAGUAUCGAUCCUGGAAGAAACAGCCCAACAGUAUACACAGUCGAUGGAGACUUAUGCCACAGGAGCCGUCUUGUUCUCUCAACUGUCUCUGAAGUGGAUGCUCGACCAAUAUCCCGAGCAUGCUGCUUUGCCAAGUGGUGCUGUACCAAUGCAGAAGAAAGGAACCAUCAUCUUCACUGGAACACUUGGCAGCGUUCGCUGCUCCACGGCUCAGUUUGCAGCAUAUGGAGGUGGCCGAGCAGCCGUUCGUAUUACGGACAACUACCACAAGUAUCAUGCCGACGAGAGUGGAAAGAUCGAGACAGAGGGAGGUGGAGAAGAUGCGGAGGCUGUUCUGCAGGGUAAGAAAAUGCGUGCCGAAAGCGUCGGCAAGCUCUAUCUGCAUGCAAUGGAGCAGGAGUGCGAUCUCUGGAUUCACGAGCUCGAUAUGCGACCAGCUGCAGAGAAAUUCUAG